AUUUAUGCAAACUAAAAGCCAGGUGUCGCUAUAGUAGACAAUAUGGCGAGUCGUUUGUUAUAUUUUUGUCGAAAUAGUGGUUGUAAUAAUGUUAAUCUUCUUCUUAUUUCGACAAGAACGUACGCUAAGAAACUUCCUGUCGCUCAGCUUGUGACAUCUGAACCUAAGAAAAAGAAAAGAUUCCCCGUGGAAACGGAUCCAGAAAAGUUAGUUAAUUACGUAUGUGGAAGCAACAUUUAUAAAGAAGGAGAAGAUAUAAAACUGAGCCCAGAUUCUGAAUAUCCCGAAUGGAUUUGGAAGAUGAAUUUAGGUGAAGACCCGGAAUUGGAUGAACUUGAUCCCAAUACUCUUGAAUAUUGGGAGAAACUGCAUAAAGUCAGCUUAGCCAGACAGAACAGAUUACUAAAAAUGCAGAGAUUACCUAGGUUACACGUGGGUGAAAUUGAAUUGAAAAAAUUGAAGAAAUUAAAAGAACUGCGGUUUAGAGCUUUGGCUGGUAUACAUUAUGAUCCCGGAGAGAUUAUUAAUGAAAAAAUAUAGUUUCGUUAUUAAAAAGUCUUGUUUAUUACGAA